AUGUCUGAAGCCGGCCGGCUGCCUGAACCGCUUGCCGUCAUCGGCAGCAGCUGUCGGUUACCCGGCGGUGCAAACUCUCCUUCUAAGCUAUGGAGUCUCUUGAAAGAGCCGCGUGAUGUUUCGGUUGAGAUACCUCCUAGUCGUUUCAACCCUAAAGGAUUCUACCACUCGAAUGGAGAGCAUCAUGGGAGCACCAAUGUCACUCGUGCCUAUCUACUGGGAGAGGAUCCUCGACUAUUUGAUAAUGGCUUCUUUAACAUCAACCCUAAAGAGGCUGAGGCUAUGGACCCUCAGCAGCGUAUCCUGCUGGAGACUGUCUACGAAGGUCUCGAGUCAGCGGGUUGCUCUAUGAAUGAGCUAAGGGGAUCUUCAACAUCAGUGUUCGUGGGUCAGAUGACAGACGAUUAUUACGAGCUGCUGCUUCGAGACUUAGAUACCGCCCCUCAAUAUGCGGCAACUGGUACCUCCCGAGCCAUUAUGGCUAACCGUAUCUCAUAUUUCUUUGACUGGAAAGGACCAUCUAUAGCUAUAGAUACAGCGUGUUCUUCAAGUCUUGUUGCACUACAUCAGGCAGUGCAGACACUCCGCAGCGGUGAAUCCCAGAUGGCCGUCGUUGCUGGAGUUAACUUAAUUCUAGGUCCUGAUAAAUUCAUCUUUGAAUCCAAACUUCACAUGCUUUCUCCGACGGGUCGGUCUCGUAUGUGGGAUUCGAAGGCAGAUGGCUACGCGAGAGGAGAAGGGUUUGUGUCCGUAGUAAUUAAGACUUUAAAACAGGCGCUUGCGGAUCAUGAUCAUAUUGAAUGUAUCAUUCGGGAAACAGGAGUGAAUCAGGAUGGUCGCACGUCUGGUCUGACUGUCCCAAGCGCUACUUCGCAGGCGUCGCUUAUCCAAUCAACCUAUCAACGAUCUGGAUUAGAUUCCCAGAAGAUAGAAGAUCGUUGCCAGUAUUUUGAAGCCCACGGAACUGGAACCCUGGCUGGAGACCCACGAGAGGCUGAAGCUAUACAUAACACCUUUUUCAGCGCCGAUGACACAGGCGUAGCGGACUCCGGUAGCUCCGCUCUGUAUGUUGGCUCGGCCAAAACAGUAAUCGGGCACCUUGAAGGAGCAGCAGGGCUGGUGGGACUUUUGAAGGCAUCUCUGUUAGUACAACAUGGUGAAAUCCCACCGAAUAUGCACUUUGAUGAACUCAACCCGGCGAUUGAACCUUUCUACAAACAUCUACGCAUACCUACAACAAUACAAGCCUGGCCGAAACUUUCUCCAGGAGUGCCUAGACGCGUUAGUGUCAAUAGUUUUGGGUUUGGUGGUACUAAUGCGCAUGCGAUAAUUGAGAGUUGGGAAGACAUACAGGUCAGGGAAACCUCCAACACAAUAUCUGAUCAACCAUCAACACCACUGCAUGGACCGAUAACCCUAUCAGCCCAUUCCGAAUCAUCGCUGGUUGGGUCCUUGACGUCGCUAUCUAAUACGCUUAGAAACUCCGACGAUAUUGACUUAGAAAACUUGGCGUGGACAUUACAGACUCGUCGCACGGAAUUUCCUUUUAAAGCAGCUUUCUCAGGAGACAGAGCCGAGCUGCGAGCGAAAUUGGACGCCGCCCUUAAAAUGGCGAAAGACGGUCCUCAAUCAAUGCUAUCCACCAAACCAAUUCAUAUAUCAACAGCACAUCCACUGCGUAUUCUUGGUGUGUUCACGGGGCAAGGCGCGCAGUGGCCUUCAAUGGGCGCGAACUUAUAUAUACGAUCAUAUGGCUUUAAACGCUCUUUCCAGGUUCUUCAGCAGUCUCUCAACGACUUACCGGAUGCUCCAACAUGGUCCUUAAUUGAUGAGCUACUAGCUCCGGUGGAUUCGUCCAGAGUCCAAAAUGCCGAAAUAUCCCAGCCAUUGACCACUGCGAUCCAAAUCGCCCUAGUUGACCUUCUCAAGGCGUCGGGGGUUCUUUUUAAUGUUGUUGUUGGCCACUCGUCGGGUGAAAUCGCCGCCGCCUAUGCUGCCGGGUUCAUUGAACCUUCAGACGCCAUUCGCAUUGCGUAUUAUCGUGGUUUUCAUUCGCGCCUAGUUGGUGAAAGACAAGGCAAGAUGAUGGCCGCCAAGAUGACGUUCGAAGAAGCUGAGAAACUUUGCCAACGCGAGCAAUUUCUAGGCCGGCUCAAGGUCGCUGCGAGUAACUCCAAAUCGAAUGUUACUCUUUCUGGGGAUGGAGAUGCCGUCGACGAAGCGAAGAGGAUUCUCGACGAGACGGAAACUUUCGCAAGAGUCCUCAAAGUCGAUACUGCUUACCAUUCCCACCAUAUGGAAGCGUGUGCACCCAUCUACUUGGAAUCACUUCGCCAAUGUAAAAUACAAAAUCAGCGUGUACAUGCGAAGGGUAGUUGCAAUUGGUAUUCCAGCGUCUACGGUUCCAAUGGGGGAAGUAUCAGUGACUUCAGUGCUCUCAGAGACACAUAUUGGGUGGAUAAUCUGACGAAGCCUGUUCUUUUUUCUCAAGCACUCGAACGAGCGAUAGGAGAAGAAUAUUGUCUUGAUUUGGCACUCGAGAUAGGGCCCCAUCCCGCCCUUAAGGGGCCUGCGAUGGAUACUAUAAAGGACGAUGCGAUCGCUUUCUCCGACGCACUCGGCUUUAUCUGGAAGAAUACGUAUCCGUCGACCGCCAUCCCAAACUUUAACGACUUUAGACAGAUAAAUCAAGAACAUCCAAAUCAGCCCCAGGUUCAGAAAAAUCUCCCCGCGUAUAGUUGGAACCACGACAAACCCCUUUUUAAAGAGUCUAGGACAUCUAGGACUUUUCGCAGCCAAGAUAGCCCCAUUCAUGAGCUUCUUGGACGAGCGACUCAGAUCGGCGACGCGAAUGAGGUGCAAUGGCGUAACAUACUAAAACUUGACGAAAUCAGAUGGCUCGAAGGCCAUCGGUUUCAGGAUCAGGUGGUUUUCCCAGCAGCGGGUUAUAUAUCUAUGGCAGUCGAUGCGGCAGUCCGCUUAAUCAAGGAUGAGCCAAUCAAUUUGGUUGAGUUACAGGAUCUAAAUAUUCUUCGGGCGAUUACUCUUUCGAAAGAGUCGUCUGGGGUCGAAGUGAAGUUUCUCAUCAGAACCACAAACCGGGAUUCCAGUUAUGUCUCGUUUGAGUUUUCAUGUUACAGUACAGAUGUCGACGGAAACUCGCGGCAAGCAGAACAGCUUCAUUUCAAUGGUCGCGGGGUCGCGACGCUCGGUAACCCAGAUGAAAAUGCGCUACCUCACAGGAGAGCCCCGGGGCUGCCCAUGGAAGCUGUCAACAACAAUAGAUUUUACGAAUGGAUGAGCAAAUGUGGGCUGGAUUAUUCGGGAGAAUUUGUGGCUGAUUCUAUAAAGCGUCGUUUGGAUUUGUCAACGGUAACAAUGAAGCAGACAGCCCAUAUUAGCGUUCAGAUACACCCACCAACAUUGGAUACAGCCUUCCACAGUCUCUUCGCGGCCUUUUCAUUCCCCGGAGAUGAUAGGAUGAGAACUCAUUAUCUCCCUACAAGUGUUCGACGGGUUCGAGUGAGCAUGCCAUGCCCUCAGAAAGACCUACACUAUGAACGCAAAUUCUUCGCGGAUUGUCAUCUGUUGGAAGGGUCGAGCAAGGAGAUUCGUGGUGACAUCGAUGUUUCAUGCGCUGAGGAUGGCCAUAUGGAAAUACAAAUACAAGAUAUCGUAUGCUCAUCAUUCACGAAGUCAACAGAAGAAAACGAUCGAAAAUUGUUCGCGCGCACGGUUUGGAAGAAAGAUAUUUCGUCAGGGGUCGAAGCGGGGCAAUCAAUUACAAACCCAAGCGAUGUUAGGAUAUACGAAAUAUGCGAAAGAAUGGCAUUUUUCUAUUUACGAAAGCUCCGCCAAGGAAUUCUCCAGGAAGAGGUUCCAUCUUUUCAAUGGCAUUUCCAAUGCCUUUUCGAAUGGACCGUUAACCAUCUGCUCUCUACCGCCGAGUCAGGGGGUCAUCCCCGCUUAGCCUCGGCCUGGGCGGAAGAUACUUACGAAACGAUCAUGAGCUGGAAAGAUGGAUAUCCGGGUAGAGUUGAUAUCCAAUUGAUACAUGCGUUGGGUAGUAACAUAUCUCGCAUAGUUCGAGGGGAAUUGGCUCCCCUUCAGAUCAUGUUGGAAAAUGAUAUGCUCAAUAGAUUUUACAAGGAAGGAAAUGGCUUGCCUCAGGCCAACGCGAAUCUGGGAACAAUCCUUGGUCAGCUUUCCCAUAGAUACCCCAGGUUGCGGAUUCUUGAAAUCGGUGCCGGGACUGGCGCUUCUACUGCUGUGGCCUUGAAGCAUGCGGGGUCGCAUUUCGAGUCUUAUACUUUUACGGACGUAUCGCCGGGUUUCUUUGAACACGCACAAGCAACUUUCACGGAGUAUGGAGAAAGGAUUAAAUACGAGGUGCUUGAUAUCGAGCGCUCACCAAUGGACCAAGGGUUUCGGGAGCACUCUUACGAUGUGAUAGUCGCUUCCAAUGUGCUUCACGCAACUGCGCGGCUAUCAACGACUAUCCAGAACUGCAGGAAGCUCCUACGCCCUGGAGGCCAUAUGAUUUUACUCGAACUCACAAGCGAGACACUAUGGACUCAAUUCAUCUUCUCCGUCUUACCAGGGUGGUGGCUUGGGCGCGAAGACGGUCGUAUUCACCAUCCAUCAAUCUCCGAAGCCCGCUGGCACUCUAUCCUAGAAGGCAAUGGCUUCUCUGGGGUAGAUCAUGUACUAAGGGAUACUGAAGUAAACUCAAGCUACACAUUUUCCACUAUGAUAAGCCAGGCGGUAGACCAGAGAGUGGAAUUAUUGAGAGAACCGCUUAAUACCAUCAAUAAUGAGCUAGGCGGGGCCCGGCGCCUUACGAUAAUAGGGGGUCAGAAAUUAUCGGUAGCCAAAGUCGCGUUAAAAAUCCAGCGCAUACUUCAUCUAUUCAUGGAACAAAUUAGCAUUGUGGAUUCCCUGGUUGCUAUCCGACCCGGCAGUCUGCAGGCGGACUGUGCGGUAAUUAUUCUAUCCGAUCUCGACAAACCGAUAUUCAAACAUCUGGAUCACAAGAGUCUCCACGCUCUACAAUUAAUUUUUAAUGAAUCGAAAUAUGUAUUAUGGGCCACCCAGGGCUGUCGCAACGUCGACCCAUACGCCAGCAUGUCCGUCGGCGUGGGCCGGUCGAUUAUGACGGAAUCCCCUCAUGUCCGACUUCAGUUUGUAGAUGUUGAUUGCCUCCAAAAGAAUCUUCCGGAGGCGACCGCAUUCUCCGAAGCAUUGCUUCGCAUGAUAUACUUGGAUCAGCCCGAUUUUCAAAACCUCCUAUGGUCUAAAGAGACCGAGCUUGCGAUAGAAGACGGUAGCGUCUAUAUUCCUAGGGUUAUCUCGGAUAACAUACUGAACGAUCGCUUUAACUCUACGGAGAGAGUCAUCGAGAAGGAAGUCUGCCCAACAAGCACACCUGUCUUAGUAUCUCAACAAGAUGGGAAACUUGUGUUUGAAGAGGCGUCUCAUUCGCAUCAUAAUGUCGGUAAAGACGAUGGUAUUGUGACGAUAAAGGUUGAUUUAUCUACUUCGUUUGCAUUAUCUUGUUCGGAUGCUACGCCGAUUUACUUGUGCUUGGGCUCGGUUUUCGGAUCUAACCGAAAAAUAUUGGCUAUGUGUAACACCAAUUGUUCGGUAACAACCGUGCCACUACACGCAACAUUUGAUUGGGAUGGGAUGCACGACGACGAGGAAGCACUAAAAUACAUUCUAAGGGUCCUAUUUCUAGAAAACCUCGUAGCUGGGAUUACUGGCACUCUCUGGGUUCAUGUUUCGGAUGUCUCCGAUGUUACGGUCCUAUUGAGAAUAUCAGAACGCCAGGGAGUUAAGCUUCUACUGAGCACCUCAUCUCCAUCUCCGCAUAAAAUUUCCGAGUUCAUCCACCCACGUACCGCCGAUCGCGAGCUUGAAAAUAUCGUGCCUCAUGAUACCCAGCGGUUCGCAAACUUAAGCGACGUCGACAGUAGCAAUUUAGAACACUUCGCGGCCACGCGACUAUCAAAUAACGUGGAAAUAGAGAAUAGGGGCAUUGGCGUUAACAAAGAUGGAGGAUUUAUUUACGAUCUUCGUGUAAGUUAUGCCGCGAUACACGAAUUAUUAGGCAGAAGCUUGGACCUAGAUCCAUUGCCGCCGUCCGAAGAGAGGCGCGCCGAGGCCUGGAACGUCAAGAACAUUUAUGCCGAUCCGAGCUGGACGAGUUUGAUCAAUUGGCGCGAUCUCGAAUCUGUACCUGUGAGAGUAACGCCUCCUGACGUUCGAGGAAUACUGUCCAGCGAGAAGACUUACUUCUUGGUGGGUUUGACAGGCAAAGUGGGCCUAUCAUUAUGUGAAUGGAUGAUCCAGCAAGGCGCCAGAUACUUCGCGUUUGCCAGUCGAAACCCCAAGGUAGACUCCGAAACCGUAGAAUAUCUCCGGCUCAAAGGAGCUUCGAUACGAUACUACUCCCUUGACGUUACCGACAAGAAGGCCCUUCGUGAUGUUCACCAAGAAAUCUUGGCAUCCAUGCCGCCAAUUGGGGGUGUCGCUAACGCUGCUAUGGUAUUACGAGAUAAGCCAUUUAGCAGCAUGUCUGUUGAAGAAUUCGAAAUUGCAACAAAGCCGAAGGUUGAAGGCACUCGGAACCUCGACCAGCUAUUCUACUCUACAGAAUUAGAUUUCUUCAUACUAUUCUCAUCCAUGGGAUGUGUCAUUGGAAAUGCAGGUCAAUCGAAUUACGGAGCUGCGAAUAUGUUUAUGUCAACCCUAGCGGCCCAAAGACGGAAAAGAGGGCUGGCGGCUUCCGUCAUGGAUAUCGCGAUGCUCCUAGGUUUCGGCUAUUUGGGAACCCAGGAUGAAUGGCUCGAAAGUCACCUGCGGAAAACCGGUUAUCUCCCUAUAUGUGAACCAGUAUUUCACACGAUCUUUACCGAGGCCAUUAUUUCCGGUCGACCAAACUCUGGUUUAGAUCAUGAACUCAUUACCGGACUUGGCGAUCAUCCCGAUGCGCCUUGGAGGGGUCUCGCUCGAUUUUCGCAUUGCUUCUCGCAAGAAGCAGCCGCCGUCCAUGUUAAAGAUUCAAACCAGGCAGCAAGAAAUCUCCAGAGUCAGCUAUCCGACGCUCAGGAUCCAGCAGAAGCGCUUUCAAUACUGCAAGCCUCAUUUUCGGUGAAACUGGGACGUACGCUCCAAGUUCCAAGCGAUGAAAUUGAUAUGAGUACACCAUUGAUAGGACUAGGAAUUGAUUCCUUGGUAGCCGUUGAGAUCCGAAGUUGGUUUCUUAAAGAAAUAGGGGUUAACGUACCUAUACUCAGCAUAUUGAGUGGUGCCACUGUAGACGACCUAUGCCAGGAAGCAGUUGGAAAGCUUCUAGACUUGUCGAGAAAGCCACACGCCCAACCUCCGGUUGAAUAUGACAGUGAAGAAAGCAAGAAUCCCCAGGAUUCGUCUUCCAGCACAGCACAAUCAACUGCACCCUCGCAAGAUGGAGCGGACGAAGUAUCCGUGUCAACUGGUUUAUCUACACCAACUCUAAAUUCGGCGACCUCGGCGGCUGUUGACUCUAUACCCUCAGAUUGCUCCAGCAUCCCGCUUUUGCGAGAUACGACUUAUGAAAGGAGCGGAGAAAUGUCGCAUGCACAAGCACGCUUGUAUUUCUUGCACGAGUAUUUAGAGGAUAAGUCGACCUAUACAGUGGCCUAUGUCGGGAAGUUCCACGGUCGUCUCGAUGUCGUGAGAUUACAAAAAUCAUUGCAUUAUAUUGGCAUGAAACAUGAAAGCCUCCGCAGUUCGUACUUCGUCGACAAGGAAUCUAAUCAAGCCCUUCAGACCGUCAACGCCAAGCCUAAUAUUACUAUUAAGCACAAACAUAUUACGAGCAAGGCUGAAGUUCGAGGCGAGAUUGACACAUUGAAAAAAUUCGUCUUCGAAAUUGAGCGUGGUCAGCUUAUGCUAGUUGUCGUGUUGACAGAAUCCCCUACCCUCCACCACGUCAUCUUUCUCCAUCAUCAUAUCGCGCUUGACGGCCUCAGCUGGAACAUUUUCUUGCGUGACUUGACCCGGGCAUACUCGGGACGGCAGCUAGAUAGUUGCCUCCAACAAGCUAUCGAUAUGUCGGACAGGCAGAAGAUAUCACAGCAGCCCGCCAAUUUGAAGGAUGAGCUAGCGUACUGGAGUUGUAUUCAUCAAGACCACAAACAUCCCUUGCCGCUAUUUCCAUUCGCCAAGACCAAGGCUCGGCGGAUGUUGACGGUAUAUGAUACAGAAACGUUUUCUAUCGAAUUAGACGCCAAGUUAGCUGGUAUGGUGAAACAGCAAGCUUCCGCCCUCCGAGUCACAUCUUUUCACUUCCAUUUAUCAUCUUUAGCAAUAUUUCUCGCGCGAUGCCUUAAUACCAGCGACUUUAGCAUCGGGAUCGUGGAUGCAAACAGAACUGAGCAGGAGGAUCAGGAUACAAUAGGAUAUUUCCUAAAUAUGUUACCACUGCGAUUUCAAUUAGCACUUGACGAAUCAUUUCGCGAGCUCGCUCAACGGACGCGACAAGGCGUUUUCGAAGCUUUGACCAACUCUCGCGUGCCUUUCGACAUGAUACUUGACAAUCUCGAAGGGGCACGUUCCGGUAACCAUCAUCCAAUAUUCCAGGUGGCAAUGAACUAUCGUAUGGGAUACGCAAGCCAAACGCCAAUGGAAAACGGCAAAUUUGAGUGGACUGGAGCAAUAUACGCAAGAAAUCCCUACGACCUAGUCGUUGAUGUCACGGAAAACUCCGAUCGCACCUUAUUAUUCUUUACCACCCAAAAGUAUUUAUACAGAGCCUCCGAUACCAAACUAUUGAUGAAUUGGUAUACUCGCGUCCUCGAAGGCCUCGUUGAAAACCCCUCUUCUCGGGUUUCUGAUUGUCCGAUUUCAAAUGAGCUUGAUACUAAGCACGCCGCAGCCCUCGGCAAUGGGAAGUCAAUGACGGUUGAAUGGGAUGGUACCCUCAUCCAUCGAGUUGAAAGAAUGGCCGAUGAAACUCCCGAUUCAAUCGCUGUGAAGGAUGAAUAUGGCCACACAUAUACCUACAGCAAAAUGAUGGCACGGACCCAUCAUAUUUCCAAUCGACUUCAGCACAGCUCUGCCCCUCUUGGCUCUCGCGUCGCUAUGCUAUUAAACCCCACCGCAGAUGCCGUUUGCUGUCUCAUUUCAGUAUUGCGCCUGGGUUUUGCCUGGAUACCACUGGAUCUUCGCAAUCCUAUUGAUAGGCUUUCUGUCAUUGUGUCGGAGUCCCGGCCCCAAAUUCUCAUAUGUAACAACGAAACAGCGGCACAGGCACAACAGCUUGCUACAGAGAUAGAUAUUGUCAAUAUUGACGAUCCAUCGCCUUCGGACCGGUCCGAUAGUAAAAAUAUCAGCGUACCCGAUCAGCCAGCGGUUGUACUCUAUACGAGCGGUUCGACAGGUACUCCUAAGGGAGCUAUCCUGACCCACUCAAAUCUAUUAAAUCAAGUAUUUUGCAACGCGGCACUCUUUUCCGUAAGGAAGGAAGUCGUUCUUCAGCAAAGUUCACUAGGAUUUGAUAUGGCACUAGAUCAAAUAUUCCAGGCACUAGCUAACGGAGGAACACUUAUAAUAGUGGGCAAGGAGGGCCGCGGCAAUCCGACACAUAUCGCCGAACUCAUGUUGUCGGAAAACAUCACGUACACACACUUUGUGCCAUCGGAAUAUCAAUCGCUCCUACACUAUGGUUCCCAUAUCCUCGAAAAAUGUUGUUCGUGGCGUUUUGCAUUCUCCGGCGGAGAGAAGGUCAACCAAGAGCUGCUUAGGGCAUUCCGAAAGCUGAGCCUUUCAGACUUGCAGCUCAUCAACGUCUACGGCCCAACUGAGUGCACCAUUUCCAUAGCGCGGGGCAUCAUUCCUUAUCAAAACGAGGAUGCAUCGAUUCACGGCGAUAGCCUGUGGACGCUGCCAAAUUAUUCAAUUCUGAUUGUCGACGCUCAGAUGAAUCCACUUCCCGUUGGCUUUCCCGGAGAAAUAUGUGUCUCGGGAGCUGGAAUCGGCCUUGGGUACCUGAAUCGUGUCGAAGAGACCGAGCGUAAAUUCAUCGAAAUGAGUCAAGUUUCUCAAUCCUCUGACGCUAAAUCUGGGACGAGGCUUUAUCGCACCGGUGACUUGGGAAGAAUAUUAGAAGAUGGCUCGCUCGAGUUGCUUGGGCGCCUGGAGGGCGACAGCCAAGUCAAAAUCCAUGGAAUCCGGAUUGAACUUGAUGAAAUAUCUAGCACCAUCAUUAACGCAGCUGAUGGGGCCAUCGAUAAUGCCGCGGUAUCAUCGCGCCAAGACCAAAUCUUAGCAGCCUUUGUCGUUUUUAGCCCUCAGUAUUCAGGAGACAAGUUCGAGUUCGCGAACCAGUUGAAAGCAAACCUUCCACUACCUCCCUAUAUGUGUCCGUCAUAUAUCAUCCCAGUUGACUCAAUUCCGACUAAUGCCAACGGCAAGAAAGACAAGGGAGCUAUCGACGAGAUCCCUCUGCCUAUUGAGGAAGAGGUCGUCAUCUCAGAUAAUCUCAGCCCCCAAGAAUUAAAAAUGAAAGAAGUUUGGGAGGAAGUACUAGCCCAUCGUAUCCCGACCCCACGGCUUGACGUAGACUCGGACUUCUUCCAUGCCGGCGGUAAUUCUUUGCUGCUUAUAAAGCUCCGAUCGGUAAUCCGGGGGGCACUCGGUGUGGCCGUUUCGCUGCCUGAAUUAUUUCGAUCCAGCACACUUCGCAGCAUGAGUGCGCUUGUCGAGAUAGGUAGCCAAGAUGCGCCCAAUCUGACUAUCGAUUGGAAUAACGAGGUCACGGGAUUAUGCCACGGACUCCCUCAACCAAAUCGUAAAAUCCCGCCAAAAACACAGUCAGGCAAAGUAAUCCUCCUUACGGGGGCGACCGGGUUCCUUGGUACACGCAUCCUAAAGCGCCUUGUGGUUGACGAGAACGUCCGUAAGAUUCACUGCCUCGCAAUCCGCCCUGACGAAUUUGGUCGACCACGACACGUGGCUAUUGGAAGCGAAAAGAUCGUAGAGCAUUCAGGGUCUUUGUCGGAUCGCUUUCUGGGCCUAUCCAAAGCACAAUUUCGAUCUCUAGGGAAUGAGAUCGACUUAAUCAUCCAUAACGGCGCGGAAGUGUCACUUCUCAAAACAUACCAAUCGCUUCGACGCGUCAAUGCCGUUUCAACCAAGGCGCUCUGCGAGUUAGCAAUCCCACGGCAGAUUCCGUUCCACUUCGUGUCAACAGCCACGGUCGCAAGAUUUGCGGGCCAGCAGACGGUAUCUGAGGUUUCAAUGUCUAAGUUUGUGCCACCUUCUAAUACCGCCGACGGGUACGGCGCAUCAAAAUGGGUCAGUGAGGCCGUGUUAGAAAGAGCAGCGGCUCAUCAUGCUCUCCCGGUGUGGAUCCACCGGCCGACAGGUAUUGUUGGUGAUGGUGCUCCAGAGUUAGAUUGGAUUACUGCACUGUUCAAGUAUUCGCAGAUACUUCGCGCAGUACCAAGCCUGUCUGAAGAGUAUAUCAUAGGUUCAUUUGAUUUCAUUGGUGUUGAGGAUGCCACAAGGGAAUUGGUAGAGAGAGCGCUCAGCUCUAGGCAACCCAAAGAACAAAACCCGGCGGCCAGCUUUGUUCACCACUGCAGCGCUACCAAGGUCGCCCCGAGUGCCCUGGGAAGUUAUAUCGAGGAGUUGGCUGGAGAGAAAUUCUCUACCUUUUCGCUGAAAGAGUGGCUCGACGCGGCGCGAGCAAAGGGUUUAGAGCAAGUCAUGUAUGACUUCCUAUUAGAUGCAUUUGGGGAAGGAAAGAAAGUUAUACUGCCGAUGAUAACGAAGUAG